AUGUCUCAUGCAGCAGGAACCUUUGACAUUUCCACGGAUGGUGAGGCAGCGAAGCCCGACACUUCCGACUUUUUCCCUGCGGCGCUGAAGGCGCUUCGCCACAUCAUGGAACGAAGUAGCGCCAAAGUUGUGUUGUGCGCUGAGUGGCGCCGCAGCGAGGUCCUCCUCAAAGCCUUGGAGGACAUCUUCAACAAGAACAGGCUUCGACUGUGGAGCGACAUCACCACUCAAGAGUUCAAGCUGGAGAAAGGCAGCGAUCCCCUCCGGAGUUUCGCUGACCGGCGGUCCAAGGAGAUAAGCGCCUGGUUGCGCAAACACGAGGGCGAGGUGAGCGGCUGGGUCGUCCUGGACGAUAUUAACCUGUCCAUGGUGGACGAAUCUCAGGUGAAGAAGACAGCUACCAAGCCGAUGCCCAUGGGCCCGCACCAUGCCUUGCUCUCAAAAAGCUUCCAGGUUUGCCGUUUUCGUGUGUUGUGUCAAACUGCGGCUUCAUACUGUGAACGUCGGCGUCUUGCACUGGUUCGAGCAGAAAUGGCCGUGCUUGCACAGAGGCUGAACAAGAGGACAGCAAGGCAUCGACUGGCAGCUAGCCUUGUGCUUCUAGUCUUUCAGGUAGCGUGCGGCAUCGAGCCUGCCAGAAACGGAUUCAUGGCGACUGCGCAUCCGUGGCAAUCUGACUGGCUGCCGAUCGUAUGGGACCGUGCACCAGUAGAUCGGGAGACGCGGAACCGGCAGAACACCACCUUCCGACUGGAGCUUCGACUCGAAGUGACCUACUGGACGGCCCGCCACAAGGACUUGCAGAAGCAGGUCAGAGCGAUGAGGGCGGAGAUUGCCGAUUUCGACAAUGAGAUCAAACGGCACGAAGCACUCUGGCCAAGGGCUGCGGACAUCGCGAGCGAGCUGGAGGCGUGCCGCAGUCGAAUCGAAAGCCUCCUGCACCUUCGACUGCUUCUUCUGGAAGACUGCCAGAGGCUUCCCUUGGCGCAACUGGCGGCAUCAGCAGAGGUCGAAGUCUCCAAUGCCAACUCCAUUGCUCCAUCCUCUGAUACUUCGGCCGACGGGAGGGCAUCCAGCCCUGAGAAUGAGAAGGAAGCACAGGUGGAUUCAGAUCCAAGUUUCCCGGAAGCUGCGUUCGCCAACACGGCUGCCUCCUUUGCGGACGGCACUUGCUAUGGGGACCCAGGUGCUGCCGAGCAGCCAAUGCGUGUGGCAGAUCCGGAGGGGCCGGAAAACAUGGCUGGGAUGGCGUCUUCUACCGACAUGCCGGCGUAUGUUGACAUUGCGGAUUUGUAUUGGAACGUUGGAUCGAACGGGCAUGCCCUGGGUGCAUGCCGGCCAUGCAACUUCUUCCACGGCAGCGCUGGCUGCUCCAGGGGCAGGAGCUGCAAAUUCUGCCACCUUUGUCCACGUGGCAGGGCCAAGCAGCGCCGCAUGAAGCUGAAGCGGGGGCUCAGAAACGCCGGGCAGCUGGAGGACAAGAUUCUUGAACAACAGGAGACGGCAUUCGAACUGGGCCUUUGCGUGUCCGCAGAGCGUCAACGGUUGCUUCGUGCCCAUGAGGAGGCAAAAGACGUGCACAAGUUGAUGUUGUCCGCCGAGAAGGAAUAUCAGGACGAAAUGUACGACGCGGCUAUGCGGGAUUUCCAUCGCAAGCAAGCCAAGGUGCUGGAGCGGGAUGCGAUGCAGAUUCGCGAGACUGCCGCGAAGCUGCACUUCAAGAACUGUGAGCGGGUUGUUCACUUCAAGAUACGGCUGACAUCUUGCUGCCCGGAACAAGGGACAUCCCAGGAUGAAGAAGACACAGGCAACGCGGGUGUCGACGGUUCGACCUUUUUAGCAACCGAAGAAGCGGAGAGGCGGGUGAAGAACAGUCUGGAUUUCGUGCUGUUUCCUCUGUCCCGAUAUGUGCAUGAGAACAUGAGACUGCCGCAGCUGACCGGCAGAACAGACAGGACGGAGACGUGUACCGAAGUUGCCGUCCGUGCCUCGCCCAACCCCUUCAGCUGGGAAGUUCUGGAGGACGAGCCUAAGGUUCAACGCACUUGCAUCGGUAGGUCUUUCCGCUCGACCGAGUACGAGAUUCUGCACACUGGCGGCUUCGUUCGUCUUUGCACGGAGCGUGGGCGCGUCUACUGGCUCGCCCAGAAUGAACACGACCAUCGCCUGCCCGACUGGAAGCUGCAUUUCUCUGUUCACAUCGGCGAUGUGCCCAGGGCUUGGAACGUGCUGUCUGAGCUCUUCCUAAGCCAGGCCUGUGAUUUCGGAAUGAAAGCCGUCGCAGGGGAGGCCCUCGACUCAUGGCCCGAUGAGCAGCGGGGGAGGGAGCUUACGGUCUACAUCUUCCAGGACCACCCUGCCUACAAAGGAGGGGGACCGAUGAUGGGAUACUGCCCAGGUUUCGAACACAACUUCUGGUUGGGUCCCGAGUUCGAGCGGGACAGCGCGUUUUGGUUAAACUUUGUGGUGCUGGCCGAGUCUCAGCUGAAGGCUGUUGCCUUUUCUUACCGUUUCUUCAUAUCGGCGUCGUGA